AUGCUUGAAAGUGAUAUUAAUCAAGCAGGAUUAUCAAAGAUUAAUCAUGAUAGAAUAUCGAAAUUAUUAAUUCGUCAUGAAAAUCCAAUGAUUGAAAUGAUGAAUGAACAAUCAAAAUAUGUUAGAAAAUGGUUUCUAUUUAUUGCUGUAUUUGCACUUAUUUUAAUUAUUUUCAGAUAUCUUAUUGGUUUUUACUAUCAAUUAAUUGUUGAUUAUUGUAAACGAAAAUGUUGUACGAAUUUGUAA